UCCUGUCUGAGCAAGAAAGGUCUCUGAGGCCCAGAAGGACCCCAGGAGUAGAUGAGGAGCCGGUCUCCCCGCAAGGCCCCAUGUGCCUGCCGCCCGUGAACCUUUAUCUAAGCUCUGACCGCUGGGGUGUCCGGUCUCCUGGGGCUGGCAGCUUUGCAGGGCCUCUCUUACUCCAAAGCUGUACUGUUAACUCUGGCCCCCCUCCUGGGGUUUUAAAAAAGUCCCACCACCCUUCUCUUCUGUGUGUGGAGAGCCCUCGCAGACCCGCCCUCCCUUAGCAGCUCUGUAUAGAGAGCUGCCAAGGCUGGGGCCCCAGAGAAGGAGAGGUGAGUUUCCCGGAAGGCUGCCUGGGUCGGUGCUGCUCCUCGCUUCAAGGAGAACGUGCUGGCCAAAGCCCUCUACGACAACGUGGCUGAGUCGCCCGAUGAGCUCUCCUUCCGCAAGGGCGACAUCAUGACCGUGCUGGAGCGGGACACCCAGGGCCUGGACGGCUGGUGGCUCUGCUCCCUGCACGGGCGCCAGGGCAUCGUGCCUGGGAACCGCCUCAAGAUCCUGGUGGGCAUGCACGACAAGAAGCCUGGGCCCAGCCUGCCAGCCUCCCCAGCCCAGGCCCCUGCCGUGCCGCUGGCCUCCCAGUACACACCCAUGCUGCCUGCCACCUAUCAGCCUUCACCAGACAGUGUCUACUUGGUGCCCCCGCCAGGCAAGGCCCCACCCGGCCUCUACCAGGCCCCAGGGUCCGGCCUGCAUUUCCAGUCCCCGCCAGCCAAGCAGACGACCGCCUUUUCUAAGCUGACGCCCCACCAUCCAUUUCCCAGCCCGGCCCCCGAUCUCUACCAGGUGCCCCCAGGGCCCGGCAGCCCUGCCCAGGAUAUCUACCAGGUGCCCCCCUCCAUGGACACUCGCAGCUGGGAGGGGACAAAGCCACCCGCAAAGGUGGUGGUGCCCACCCGCGUGGGACAGGGCUAUGUGUAUGAGCCCCCCCAGCCGGAGCAGGACGAGUAUGACGUCCCCCGCCACCUGCUGGCCCCAGGGCCCCAGGACAUCUAUGAUGUGCCCCCAGUGCGGGGGCUCCCUUCCAACCAGUAUGGCCAGGAGGUAUAUGACACGCCCCCCAUGGCUGUCAAGGGCCCCAAUAGCCGGGACCCAUCACUAGACGUGUAUGAUGUGCCCCCCAGUGUGGAGAAGGGCCUGCUGCCCCCCAGUCAUCACUUGGUGUACGACGUUCCACCAUCAGUCAGCAAGGAUGUGCCCGAUGGUGUGCUGCUUCGCGAGGAGACGUACGACGUGCCCCCUGCCUUUGCCAAGGCCAAGCCCUUCGACCCGGCCCGCCACCCGCUAAUCUUGGCUGCACCCCCUCCGGACUUGCCGACGACUGAGGAUGUGUACGAUGUUCCCCCACCUGCUCCUGACCUCUACGAUGUGCCCCCUGGCCUGCGGCGGCUGGGCCCCAACACCCUCUACGAUGUGCCCCGGGAGCGGAUGCUGCCACCGGAGGUGGCCAAUGGCCCCGUGUCUGAUGAUGGCGUGUACGCAGUGCCCCCCCCAGCCGAGCGUGAGGCCCCUGCUGACAGCAAGCGCCUGUCGGCCUCAAGCACGGGCAGCACACGCAGCAGCCAGUCGGUGUCCUCCCUGGAGGUGGUGGCACCAGGCCGGGAGCCGCUGGAGCUGGAGCUGGCCAUGGAGGCUCUGUCCCGACUGCAGCAGGCCGUCAGUGCCACUGUGGCCCACCUCCUGGACCUGCUGGGGGGUGGGGGCUGGCGUGGUGCCCCGGAGCCUCAGGAGCUCCAGGGGCAGGACCUGCGGGCCGCUGUGGCUGCUGUCCAGGGGGCUGUGCACGAGCUGCUGGAGUUUGCCCGCAGUGCGGUCAGCAACGCUGCCCCUACUUCCGACCGCACCCUGCAUGCCAAGCUCAGCCGGCAGCUGCAGAAGAUGGAGGAUGUACACCAGACACUGGUGGCCCAUGGCCAGGCCCUCGACACUGGCCGAGGAGGCCCAGGGGCCACACCUGAGGACCUGGACCGUCUAGUGGCCUGCUCCCGGGCUGUGCCCGAGGACACCAAGCAGCUGGCCUCCUUUUUGCACGGCAAUGCCUCACUGAUCUUCAGAAGGACCAAGGCCCCUGCCACAGGGCCCGAGGGGGGUGGCACCUUGCACCCCAACUCUGCUGACAAGGCUUGCAGCAUCCAGUCACGGCCUCUGCCCUCACCCCCCAAGUUUACCUCCCAGGACUCGCCAGAUGGGCAGUACGAGAACAGCGAGGGGGGUUGGAUGGAGGACUAUGACUAUGUCCACCUGCAGGGGAAGGAAGAGUUUGAGAAGACGCAGAAGGAGCUGCUGGAGAAAGACAGCAUCAUGCGGCAGGGGAAGGGCCAGCUGGAGCUGCAGCAGCUGAAGCAGUUUGAGCGACUGGAGCAGGAGGUGUCACGGCCCAUCGAUCACGACCUGGCCAACUGGACCCCCACCCAGCCUCUGGUGCCAGGGCGGGCGGGCGGCUUGGGACCCUCGGACCGGCAGCUGCUGCUCUUCUACCUGGAGCAGUGCGAGGCCAACCUGACCACGCUGACCAAUGCGGUGGAUGCUUUCUUCACCGCUGUGUCCACCAACCAGCCUCCCAAGAUCUUCGUGGCACACAGCAAGUUCGUCAUCCUCAGUGCCCACAAGCUGGUGUUCAUCGGGGACACCCUGUCUCGGCAGGCCAAGGCAGCUGAUGUGCGCAGCCAGGUGACUCACUACAGCAACCUGCUGUGCGACCUCCUGCGUGGCAUCGUUGCCACCACCAAGGCUGCCGCCCUGCAGUACCCAUCCCCUGCUGCUGCCCAGGACAUGGUGGACAGGGUAAAGGAGCUGGGCCACAGCACCCAGCAGUUCCGGCGGGUCCUUGGCCAGCUGGCAGCUGCCUGAGGGCAGAUGACCAGAGGGUGGUGGCAGUGGGGAGGCAGCAAUGGUCUGAGCUGUCCCUGGCACCAUCCUGAGAAUUGCCAGGCCACAGGCUGGGGACGGGCUGCCCCAGACUGCCCAGGGAUGGGUACAUGCUUAUGACAGGGCAGGAUGUGGGAUGGAGAAGUCACACAGAGCUGGUCUCCAGGAGCCAAGUCCGGGGGUAGGAGGGUGGGGUGUGUAUGCCCAUAGCACUGUUGCCUGGGGCGGGCCAGAAGUCGAGGGUGGGGUGGCUGCCAACACAGGGCCAGGUCAGGGAUGUGGCAGGUCCUCGUGUGUGACCCCUGGGGUGACCUGAGUCCCUGUGUCCUGCCAAACCCCCGACAGGGAAAGAACAUGUGGUGUGUGCCCUGUCUGCACCAGAGGAAAACCUUAAAGAACUAUUUUUCAUUAUUGAUUUUCCAAAUCAUUUGACUAAUAGUCUACAUUUAAAUAAAGUUUCAAAACUA